AUGUCAUCUGAGCCUCCUCCUCCAUCCCAGCGCCCCACCCAUCAGUCCUCGGCCGGGCUGCUGGACACGCAACAGGCCCGGGAUCGCUCACCGUCCCCGCUACGGGGCAACGCGGUGCCGAGCCCACUGCCCACCCGCCGCACCAGGACCUUCUCAGCGACGGUGCGGGCUUCCCAGGGCCCAGUCUACAAAGGAGUCUGCAAAUGCUUCUGUCGGUCCAAGGGCCACGGCUUCAUCACCCCGGCUGACGGCGGCCCUGACAUCUUCCUGCAUAUCUCCGACGUGGAGGGGGAGUACGUCCCCAUGGAAGGCGACGAAGUCACCUAUAAGAUGUGCUCCAUCCCGCCCAAGAACGAGAAGCUGCAGGCCGUGGAGGUGGUCAUCACCCACCUGGCGCCGGGCACCAAACACGAGACCUGGUCCGGCCACGUCGUCAGUUCCUAG